AUGACUGAAUAUAAAGACUUACAAACAGCAGGAAAAAUGGAUUCGUCAUAUUUUGUAAGUCGAAAGGAAUUAAUUGAAUGGGUGAAUAGAUAUUUAAAGUUAAAUAUAACAAAAGUAGAACAAUGUUCUAAUGGAGCAAUAUAUAUACAAUUAUUAGAUAUUCUUUUCCCAAAUAAAUCAGUUUUGCAUAAAGCAAAAUGGAAUGCCAAAAUGGAAUAUGAAUGUAUAAUAAAUUAUAAAUUAAUUCAAAGUGUUUUUAAUAAACUUGGUAUAAAGAAAUAUAUGGAUGUAGACAAAUUAAUAAAAGGAAAGUAUCAAGAUAAUUUCGAAUUCUUACAAUGGUUUAAAUCUUUUUUUGAACGUAUUGUAGAUUAUAAUAACGAGCAAGUAAUUAAUUAUGACCCUAUAGAAAGGAGAAAAUUGUGUCUCUUAGGUGAGAGAGGAGAUUAUAAGCAACUAAAUAAUUAUCUGCCCGAAUGGGCCAAAACUGAUAUAAAUAUUUUAAAAGAAAAAAAAAAUAUAUAUAGUGAUCCUAAUAUGGGAACAAAUUUACAUAAAACCAAAAACGUGGAUCAUAGGGAAAGUGUUAGUCAGGAGAUUUCUACAGGAUAUGGGAAAGGCAUAUCAAGAGGUAUGAACAAUAGUAUGGUAAAUAAUAAUAUAAAUAAUUUGAAUAAUAAUGUGAAUAAUAGUACAAAUGUUAAUAUAAAUAAUAGUGUGUCUAAUAAUGUAAAUAAUUAUAUGAAUAGUAAUAUGUAUAGUGGAAAUACAACUUCUACUACAACAUUGAUUACUACAACUUCAUCAAAUAAUAAUAAUAAUAGUAAUAACAAAAUUGUAAAGAGUGAAAGAGGAACUAUGCACAUAAAUUUAAAUAAUGACCAUAAUAAUAAUAAUAAUAAUAAUAUAAUUUAUAGUAAUAAUAAUACAUCUUUAUUAUCCUCUUACAAUGAUAUAAAUAUACAUAAAAAUAAAAAUACAUCUAGUCAUCAUCAUCAUCAUAAUAAUAAUAAUAAUAAUAAUAGUAAUAUAAACAAAAGAUUGUCUCUUUCAAAUAAAAUUACUUCUCAAGGUUCUUUAUCCUAUUAUCAUAAUAAAGCCAAAAUGUUAGAAAGUCAAAAAGAUUACAAUUCUUUAAUGGACCAAAAUAAAAAAUUAAAAACACAAUUAGAAAACAAAAAUCAAGAAAUUAUAUUAAUACAAAAUAAAUUAAAAGAAGAAGAAAACGAAAAAAAAAUUCUUCACUUUCAAAAAAAUUUCUAUUAUAAUAAAUUACGUUUUCUAGAAUUGUUAUGUAAUCAAACUAAUGAUAGCUACAUAUUAAUACAUGACAUACAACAAAUCAUAUAUGCUCGUGAUAAUACUUAUUUUCAUCAGACUGUUUCACUCAAGGAUAAAAAUAAUACUGAAGAUGAUGAAUCUAUGGAACCUAACAAUACUAAUGAAUUAGCUCUACAAAAUUCUAUACCUCAUAAUGAGUCCCUUACAUAUAACACUCAAGGUUCGAUAGACUACGCCACCUACUGUUCAUAA